AUGUCUCUGUCGGGAAAAGUAUGUGUCGUCACAGCUGCUGGGCAGGGAAUCGGAAGAGCAAGUGCUGAGGCGUUCUUCAACGCGGGCGGAAAGGUUUUCGCAAGUGACAUCAACGAGGAGCUUCUGAAAACGCUUCCUGAAGGAAUUGAAUCUGCUAAGCUCGAUGUAACCGAUUCAGCUGCCGUAAGCGCCUAUUUCUCUAACUUUGAAAAGAUCGAUGUUCUCUUCAACGUUGCCGGUUGGGUACCACAUGGAACAAUCCUGGAUUCUGAUGAUGACGUCUUUGAUAAGGCAAUGGAUCUCAACGUCAAGAGCAUGUUUCGGACUUCACGAGCAGUCAUUCCGAUCAUGCUUAAAAAUGGUGGUGGUUCAAUAAUCAACAUGAGCUCUGUUGCGUCAAGCAGAAAGGGAGUCCCAUUGCGAUGCGUGUAUAACACUACCAAAGCUGCGGUCAUUGGGUUGACAAAGUCGAUCGCGGCUGAUUUCAUCAAAGAAGGCAUCAGAUGCAAUGCGAUCAUGCCUGGCACAGUCGACACUCCAAGUCUCCAAGAGCGCAUCGCAAGUACAAAAGGAAUGACAAAGGAAGAAGCCCUCGACAUGUUCAUGAAACGUCAGCCAACUGGAACACUCAUGGGUGCUGGUGAUGUGGCUCAACUCGCUGUCUAUUUAGCAAGCGAUCACGCCAAACUUGUAACAGGUGGAGAGCACGUUAUUGACGGAGGAUGGAGUCUUUGA